AUGAGGAAACAGCUGUAUGAUGUUUGGUCCCUAACACCACCGAUGAGUCCUGUAAUGAGGGAACAGCUGUAUGAUGUUUGGCCCCUAACACCACCGAGGAUUCCUGUAAUGAGGAAACAGCUGUAUGAUGUUUGGGCCCUAACACCACCGAUGAGUCCUGUAAUGAGGGAACAGCUGUAUGAUGUUUGGCCCCUAACACCACCGAGGAUUCCUGUAAUGAGGAAACAGCUGUAUGAUGUUUGGCCCCUAACACCACCGUUGAGUCCUGUAAUGAGGAAACAGCUGUAUGAUUUUUGGUCCCUAACACCACCGAUGAGUCCUGUAAUGAGGGAACAGCUGUAUGAUGUUUGGCCCCUAACACCACCGAUGAGUCCUGUAAUAAGGAAACAGCUGUAUGAUGUUUGGCCCCUAACACCACCGAUGAUUCCUGUAAUGAGGAAACAGCUGUAUGAUGUUUGGCCCCUAACACCACCGAUGAGUCCUGUAAUGAGGAAACAGCUGUAUGAUGCAGUGUAA